AUGAUUUCUUUCAGACACACUCAUUCGACGGCUGCUCUGGUUUCUCCAACCUCAAAGAGAUCUAGAGCCAGCCUCAGCAGCCAAAACGCCUUCGAUAAUGCAUUCCAACUCCCAUCUGGGGAAACUUCGUUCACCACCGAGUAUGAUCGCCCCUCCUUCGAGGUCGCUACUUCCGCGAGCUACAGUCAUCUUGCCCUCGGCUGCAAAAAUCAAUACACUAUCCACUCACUUGACGGCUGGAUCGAGUACCCGGAGGAACUACCGCGUCUUUCACCAGAACAGUAUUUAGAAUCGCAGCAGUAUGAUCUAGCCACCAUCUCUCGGUUUUGCCUUCCCUCCAUCGAGACCCCGACCACGACAAACCUGAUCGCAUCGACUGAGCAUCCAGAACGCAGGGCUUGUUCACCAUACUAUUGGGAUUUCCCGGAAACUAUAAACAGCAUGAGAAGGGCUAUUCAGGGCGAAGAGCCUUCUUCGUCCGAGCAAAUCGAGCAUCCUGGUUCAAAAAGAAACUACAUGGACUUGACUUUCAUCCUUGAAAAACCGUCGGAAAAGCCCAGUCCUCCCGAAAGACAGAAACGUUCCCGACUCGAAAUUGAUCGACAGAAGAGAAGCAUCGCAAAGCUCAAGGAGUUUGGCGGCGCCUGUCUAUGGUGCUACCGAAGCAAGAAAAGAUGUGGCCCUGAGGAUAUCUGUUCCCAAUGUUCCUCAAGUCGUCGAACGUGCGUUCGAAACCCAGCACAGGUCCGUCUGUACAUACCUCCCGAGGAAUCCCGCCGCACAGGAGUCCAUUUGACAGGUGGACCUCCAACACGCGAGGCAUAUGAGAUCUUGCAUGGUUUAAUGAUCGACGCAUUUCACAAGAGUGGGAUUGGUGCAGUCAAGGUUCACUUCCGCCCUCAGGGUGCGUCGUUGGGCGACAACAUCUGGGCUUUUGAAGGACCCAGGCCUUACCACAACCCGUCUGAACUAAGGAUUCGACAGGUUGUCGACCAAUUUUCUAGCGCCAUCAGACAGUACAUCCAUUCUCCGGCGCUAUCAGAGCUCGAACAUAACUAUUCUCUGUCGCUUUUCCAAGAAGCCAUAAAGAUGGCCAAGCUCUUUCAGGUCAUCCAGAGCCUCGCAACAUGUCGAGUAUAUGUCGACCCUUGCUCUUUACAGCAUACCCAGGCUGUUUUGUUUCUCAUCACGGUCUCUUGUUGUCAAUACAUGGCGGAGAUAUCUGAGGGAUUCUCUACCGAGCUAUUUGAAGCUCUUCGCCGGAAAGAUGUAUAUGAUACUUACAGCAAAGCGGAACAACAUAAACUCAACGGCCUCAAGCUCUUCAAUCCCAUCUGGAUUACAACAGCUCUGUAUUAUCGCGUGAUCAAAGGCCUGUUGGAUCUGCAAUCUAACCUCGUCAUUGCGCAGGUUUUCGAUUCACUGGAUUCUCAUCUUGUCAACAUCGGCAAUUGUCUAUGGUGCAUGCUGAAACACGUUCCCUGUCAAAAGGAAGGCGAUGAAAAGAUGACUACCAGGCAAGCCGUCGACAGUCAGAUUCCAGCACUGGAGAGUAACCCCCCUCGAUCUUGCGAUUUCUUGGAUACCAAGUAG